AAAAGAAAGGGCCCGCGACAAGCUUUUAUUAGGGUUUAGCGUCGUCUCUGUUAUCAAUCGAAGAAAAUCACCGUUGUGGUAGUUGCUGGUCUUUCGUCAAACUGGAAUCAUCAACUGAAGAAAGCUUGAAGACUAGGGAUUGAACUCCGGAAAGGAAGAAAAGUGAUGUUGUAUGUGAUAGGUCUUGGUCUGGGAGACGAGAAGGACAUCACUCUCAGAGGUCUGGAAGCAGUGAAGAAAUGCGACAAAUUGUACAUUGAGGCCUACACUUCUCUCCUCUCUUUCGGCCUUUCUUCCGAUGGCCUCUCCACUCUGGAAAAACUUUAUGGGAAACCAGUUACGCUUGCCGACAGGGAAAUGGUUGAGGAAAAGGCAGAUGAUAUACUUAUGGAAGCUUGUGGGUCGGACGUGGCUUUCCUUGUUGUUGGGGACCCAUUUGGAGCUACAACACACAGUGAUCUUGUUGUUCGAGCAAAGAAGUUGGGGGUAGAUGUCAAGGUGGUACACAAUGCAUCAGUGAUGAAUGCAGUUGGAGUUUGUGGUCUACAACUCUACCGUUAUGGAGAAACGGUUUCCAUACCAUUCUUUACUGAAACAUGGAGACCUGAUAGUUUUUAUGAGAAGAUUCAAAAAAAUCGAACACUUGGGUUACACACUCUCUGCUUGUUAGAUAUACACGUGAAGGAACCGACUCUGGAAUCCUUGUGUAGAGGAAAAAAGCAGUAUGAACCACCAAAAUACAUGACUAUAAACACUGCAAUUGAGCAGCUCUUGGAGAAUGAACAAAGGCGUGGAGAAUUUGCAUACAGUGAAGACACUACUUGUGUUGGUUUUGCCCGACUGGGAAGUGAAGAUCAGACCAUUGUUGCAGGUUCAAUGAGGCAACUACAGAUGGUCGACUUUGGAACCCCUCUACAUUGUCUCGUCAUUGUAGGCAAAACUCAUCCUGUGGAAGAAGAAAUGCUGGAGUUUUAUAGACUCGGAGAAAAUUCAAAUCAAACUACUUAAUACUAACAUUUAUUUUUAUCCUUUAAAAAUAUAUUUUUAUAUAUCUAGUUGUUGCAUUGAUAAAUUUGUUCCGUCUCAUGUCUCGUGGCUUUCACAUCUGUACCCCGAACUUUGUGCUCUAGUACGCUGCAAUUGGAUGAAUUCAAAAUCGGUGAGCAGAAUAGGCAGGAGAUGCGAGAA